GCAGUAAUUUGCAAGUCUGGUUUCAGGAGAGAGUAAAAUUAGGUUUAAAACAGUGCUCCAACGACUAGCGAGCCCUAAAUAAACAAACAAAUGGCACCUCACGAUAUUCGCCGUCCGUUUAAACGUCCGGCGAUCUCCGACCAACAAAAGCGCCGUGAUCUUUCACUUCUCCGGCAGAAUCAGAACCGUCGCGACGCUCAGCACCAAGCCCGAUGUUUAGCUUCCACCGUCGUUUCGUUACCCAAUCAAAACUCCGAAACCGUAUCCGAACACUUGGAGCUCCUACCCGAACCCGAAACUGGCGAAGCCGACGCUCAAUUCAGUGAAGCUGAGGGUCAAUUUGGUCAUUCACAAGCUCCGUCGAGUUCUAGGGAUUUGGAUAUUCGUCAUGCCUCCAAGCUCCGAGGGCCCGAGGUUCGAAUGUGGUUCGCUAAACAGUUGAUGCUUCCUGAGUGGAUGAUCGAUGUUCCUGAUCGAUUAAGUCUCGACUGGUAUGUAUUUGCAAGGCCAUCUGGAAAACGAUGCUUUGUUGUGUCUUUGGAUGGUACCACUAUUAGUAGACUGAGAAAUGGUUCGUUGUUGCAUCGGUUUCCUUCUGCUUUGCCUAAUGGAUGUCGGAAAAAAGGUGGAUCUGGACAGUCAUAUACAAUACUUGACUGUAUAUUUCACGAGUUGGAUCAGACUUACUAUGUUAUCGAUAUGGUUUGUUGGGCUGGUGUCUCAUUUUACGAGUGCACUGCUGAGUUCAGAUUCUUCUGGUUGAACAACAAGAUGCUUGAAACAGGGGCAUGCGAAGCUCCAUCGCAGUAUCAUAGAUACAGAUUUAGUUUGCUAACCAUCUACAAUUGUGAUUAUGAAGGUCUAAAUACAGCUUACACAGGAUCAGUUCCGUAUGUGAAGGAUGGACUAGCAUUUUAUAACAAAAAUGCGCAUUACCAAACAGGGAAUACACCAUUGGCGCUAGUCUGGAAAGAUGAAAAUUGCAGUCAAUAUGUCAUUGAUACUGAUGGCAAAGGACAGAUUCCACAUCAGCAACAGGUUGCUUUGGAGCUUCAAGGUGAUGGAAAACUGACUACAUCUGAUGACCCUCCUGUUGUAUUUGGUUGUCUGAAUAAGGAAUUCAUUGAAAAGUCAGAACUGCUUCCUGGAAACCUUUUAAGAUUUGCUGUUGGUGAAGGAGGAUUAAAUUUUUUGGAUGGGAAACUUGAGAAGGCUGACUUGCAAUACCUUGGCAAAGUCAAUCGUGCACGUGCUUUUGCAGAUACUUACUCCAAGGUAGUGUUCCAGCACAUGGUUCGGCAUUCUCCUUUAAGAAUAGAACACCUGUUUGCAUCUGUCAGUUCAUCGCAUGACCAAGAUGAGGUUCAUGAUGUGGAAAUGGUUGUUUGAUGGUGGCUGUUACGAGAGGUUUUAUCUUUGUUUCCCUUAUGUAGUGCUGCCAUGGGGACAAUUUUGGCCUGGCCUUUGGUACAUCCCUGUGCAAUGCUAAAGCAGACAAGAGUUGUAUUAAAAUGAUUGAAAAUCAUCCUCCUUGCAAAUUUGCAAUCCACGUGAUUCACAAUUGACCCUACUCCAUUGUGUUUGGAUGUGCAGUAGAAGAUUUUCUUCCCACAUGAUAUCUCAACAAACUUUUGGAGGUUAUAAAACUGCGGCAUAUAUGGAGCACAACUGUACGCAUCUUUGAGCAGUGAGCAUGAAACAGUUAUGAAUUUUGAGCAGAAUCUGUGUGUUUACAUAAAAAAAUCACAAAUGAUGUAAAGGAAUUAAUCAACUUCUACUCUUCUAGUCAUCAGUAUUUAUAUGUAUUCGAAGAAGUCAUCCAGCACAAGCUCGGUUUGAAUUAUUUAUUGCCUGAUGAAUCUAGCUUAUAGACUAUUUUGUUAAAAUUUUAACAAGGUGUGUUUUUUAAAUUUCUAGAGACUUGGACAAAAAUGAAGUAUAUUUUUGUCAUGUGUA